AUGGCCCGAAACGUGGCUCCACCCCUUGAGGAUGGAUAUAAGAGGCCAAAAAUCCGCCAAUACGACUGUGAGAAAAUAGCCCAGGGAGGCUUUGCACGAAGAAGAAAGAAACCGUACUCCGUAAAGAGACAAAAUAAAAGAGAAAGGCAGAGAAAGAGAAGAAAGCGCAAAAACAAAGAAGAGGGGAGACUGAAGCUGAUAGACUUUUCAACAGUUGUUCCUGCGUCAAGGGUGAAGCUCAGUCCGUCCUUACCCGUGGCUGGAUACGAGGGAAAAAGGCCGAUGUCGAUGCCUGAAGUCGUCAUCGUCCUUUCGGCCUUCCUCUGGGCCAGAGAUCCAGAGAUACAGAGAUACACUCGUCAUGCACAUGAAGGAAUCAUAACUCGGAAUGGGCGGGAGUAA